UAAACCUGCUGUUUCCAUCUCUUCCGCCUCUCUCAGAAAAUGGCCUGCGAGGAAGAUGCCAAGAAAGCUGACCACUACAAAAAUGUCACGCAUGUCUCAGAUGUGGUGACCGAUCGUUUCCUCUGCACAGGGGGCUUUGACCCCGAGGUGGACCCAAACACUUGCAAAGGUGAUUCUGGUGGUCCCCUCAUAAUUCAGAAAAGGCUGCGAUACAUCCAGGUGGGUGUGAUCAGUUGGGGUGUCAUUGAUGUCUGUAAGAACAAGAAGAAAAUCCCAUGUGAAGGUGACAGAGGUCUCCACCAGCAAUCUCCCAGCUAUGCCAGAGAUUUCCACAUCAACGUCUUCAAGAUUUUGCCUUGGCUCAAGGAAAGGCUGAGUGAAGAGGGGCUGGAUUUCCUGUAGAUGUGCUCUUCCCACCACACUUGGGACGCUCUGUGUAAAUAGGACCAGUAUCUUUAAAUGAAGUAGAAUGAAUGUAUUGCUAACAAUUGUAUAUUAAAUUUCAUUGUGUGAAAAGAA